CUUUUUUCGAGCUUGGUUCUCGUUUGCUCACUGACAAAACGAUCUUUUACUGAUUAAUUUGAAGUGACCAUGUCGGAUACACAAGGACAUUCUGGUGACGAGGCUGACUUUGACAUCAAAGAACAAGAUCGUUUUCUUCCUAUUGCCAAUGUGGCGCGUAUUAUGAAGAAAGCAUUGCCUGACAAUGCCAAGAUUGCCAAAGACGCGAAAGAAUGCGUGCAAGAGUGCGUGUCUGAAUUCAUUUCGUUCAUCACUAGCGAAGCUAGCGAUCGAUGUCAGCAGGAAAAGCGAAAAACGAUCAAUGGCGAAGAUAUCUUGUGGGCAAUGCAGUCGCUUGGAUUCGAAAAUUAUGCCGAAACCCUGAAAAUCUAUCUUGCUAAAUACCGCGAGACGACGAAAUUAGAACGAUCCACCACGGGUGUAGGGGAAAGACAACAUGAAGAAUCAGGCGCUGGCGCUCAUCAAUUAUUUGGCCAGUCCACAUCGGUAGAUCAAGGCAAUGGUCAAAUGACAGGCAAUUUUUACAAUGCGUAGCUAUAGCAAACCAAUAUCUGGGACAGAACAAAGAAUAAAUCGUUCGCAAACAUUCGAGGCUCCAGAUGCAACCGCAAAACAACAAAAAAUAAAAAAUAAAAAGGAGAGAGGGUGAUAGUGUACAAAAGCAACGCUGGCUGCGGCCACCAACUUGG